GCUGGGCGGGCGGCGGCGGGCGGCGGGAUGUUAUGAGGCGGAUGGUCGCGGGGAGCUCGCUCGCUGUGGCUCGGGGGCAGCAUGGCGGUGGAGGACGAGGGGCUGCGGGUGCUGCAGAGCGUCAAGGUCAAGAUCGGAGAAGCAAAAAACAUGCCUCCCUAUCCAGGGCCAAAUAAGAUGAGGGACUGCUACUGUACAGUCAAUCUGGAUCAAGAGGAGGUGUUUCGGACCAAAAUAGUGGAGAAGUCCUUAUGCCCUUUUUAUGGUGAAGAUUUCUAUUGUGAAAUUCCAAGAACCUUUCGCUACCUAUCGUUUUAUAUUUUUGAUAGAGAUGUCUUUCGGAGAGAUUCAAUUAUUGGGAAGGUUGCCAUCAAGAAGGAUGAGCUUCAGAAGUAUCACAAUCGGGAUACCUGGUUCCCACUGCAGCCGGUUGAUGCUGAUUCGGAAGUUCAGGGCAAAGUUCACCUGGAGCUAAGACUUAGUGAAGUGAUCACUGACAGUGGGAGCGUUUGCCAUAAGUUGGCUACACGUGUUUUAGAGUGCCAAGAUUUGCCAAUAGUCAAUGGGCAAUGUGAUCCUUAUGCAACAGUUACCUUGUCAAGCCCGUCCAGGUCAGAGGUGAAGAAAACAAAAGUAAAAAGAAAAACAAAUAAUCCACAGUUUGAUGAAAUGUUCUAUUUUGAGGUGACGAAGCCAUGCAGCUACAGUCGAAAGUCGAACUUUGAUGUUGAAGAGGAGCACGUGGAGAAGAUGGAGAUGAGGAUUGGACUUUGGAACGCCAGUAACUUAAAGUUCGGCGACGAGUUCCUGGGAGAACUGCGACUUCCACUCAAGAUCCUCAAGCAGACAUCUUCCCAUCAAGCUUGGUACUUCCUGCAUCCCAGAGAAAAUGGAAAGCCCGUUAAGCCUGUCGACCUGGGCUCCCUACGGCUGAACAUUGUUUACCACUGAAGACACGUAUUUCCAUCUCAUUAUUACGAUCCACUGAGGGACCUUAAUAAAUCAGCAGAUGUUGAGCCAGUGUCUGCGUCUGCUGCCCAUGUGCUGGGGGAGGUGUGCCGUGAGAAGGAGCAAGCUGCUAUGCCUUUGGUCAGGCUCUUCCUGCACUACGGAAAGAUUGUUCCCUUCAUCAGUGCCAUUGCAAAUGCUGAAAAUAAACAGGACGCUAUCCAAAACACCAUCUUCCGAGGCAACUCCCUGACCUCAAAGUGCAUUGAUGAGACGAUGAAGCUGGCAGGGAGACACUACCUGCAAGUCACACAGCCUGUUGUCGAUGAGGUAACCAGAACCGUUCACAAGUCCUGUGAGAUUGACCCAGUGAAGCUGAAGGACGGUGAGAGUCUGGAGUCCAACAUGGAUAACCUCAGGCAGUAUGUUGAAAGAAUUUUCAAUGUCAUCACGACAUCAGGCAUGAGUUGUCCCACAGUCAUGUGUGACAUUUUCUUCUCACUGAGGGAGUCUGCUGCCAAGAGAUUCCAAGGUGAUCCUGAUGUGCGGUACACAGCUGUAAGCAGUUUUAUCUUCCUGCGAUUCUUUGCCCCAGCUAUUCUUUCACCUAACCUGUUCCAGCUUCACCUUCACCAUCCAGACCCAGUAACAGCACGGACCCUGACUCUCGUGUCUAAGACCAUCCAGACCUUGGGUAGCUUAUCGAAGUCCAAGUCUGCAAGUUUCAAGGAAUCCUACAUGGCCACAUUCUAUGAGCACUUUAAUGAACAGAAGUACACAGAUGCUGUAAGAAAUUUCCUAGAUUUAAUCUCCUCCUCCGGAAGAAAGGACCACAAGAGCAUUGAGCAGCCCAUCGUGUUAAAGGAAGGGUUUAUGAUCAAGAGGGCACAAGGAAGAAAUCGCUUUGGCAUCAAGAAUUUUAAGAAGAGGUGGUUUCGCCUGAGCAACCAUGAGUUCACCUAUCACAAGCACAAAGGUGACCAUCCACUGUACGAUAUUCCAAUUGAAAAUAUUCUCGCAGUUGAGAAACUGGAGGAAGAAUCAUUCAAAAUGAAGAAUAUGUUCCAGGUGGUUCAGCCAGAGAGGGCACUGUACAUCCAGGCCAACAACUGUGUCGAGGCCAAAGACUGGAUGGACAUCCUGACCAAAGUUAGUCAGUGCAACCAGAAGCGACUGAGCACCUACCACCCGUCUGCCUACCUCAACGGGCACUGGCUGUGCUGCAAGGCCAGUGUGGACUGUGCGCCCGGCUGCACCCCCUGCACUGGUGGCCUUCCUGCAGACAUUCAGCUGGAUGUGGACGGUGACCGCGAGACAGAGCACAUUUACUCCCUCUUCAACACCCACAAGACCAAGCUGGAGAAGAUGCAAGAGGCUUGUGGCAGCAAGUCAGUGUACGAUGGCCCAGAGCAGGAGGAGUAUUCAACAUUUAUCAUCGACGACCCUCAGGAGACGUAUAAAGUCCUGAAACAGAUCAUAGCUGCUGUCCAAACCCUGGAGAUGGAGCACGCUCAGUACAAGAGGAAUAAGUUCAAGAGGACCAAGUAUGGCAGCCAGGAACAUCCAAUUGGCGAUAAGUCACUCCAGUUCUAUGUUUCCGAGACCUCAGAAUCUCCAGCCAAUUCUGUGUGACCAACAGACCUGAGAAAGAGCUGCGAAGCCAAGAGUAUUACUUUAUACCUGAAGGUGUUGGAUAUUUAGUGUCUGGACCGAGGCCUGAAACUAAAUUUAAAAAGCGGAGGAUAAUUUGUAUAAAGUGUACAGAUUUGCAGUGUUCAGCUUAAUUGACUUUUCCAUAUCAUUUUAACAAAGUCUCCACAAACUGUUACAGUAUGCACUUUAGUUAUCUGUAGAUAGCAGAUGACUAACUAUUUGCCUUUGAGGCAGUUAUUUUAUACCUGUUCUGAGCAGCGAUCAGUUCAAUGAUCAUUGAAAGUGAACCAGUUGGCUAGAGAAUUUACAACCAUUGGGUCAGCCCAGCUGAGCAGAGACACGAGAGACUGCAGAUGCUGGAAUCUGGAGUAAAAAACAAACUGCUGGAGGAACUCAGCAGGUCAGGCAGCUUCUGUGGAGAGAAAUAGACUUUAGAUGAAGGGUCUCAACCUGAAACGUCGACUGUCCGCUUCCCUCCACAGAUGUUGCUUGACCCGCUGAGUUCCUCCAGCUGUUUGCUUUGAGUAUUGGACUGAUGAAGCAAACUAACUCCAAGAUGCAACUCUGCACUCUGGAUAACGUUGGGUGGCACUAAUCAGGAGCGGGGUUGGAGAGUGGGGCUUUAUCCCAUUAACAUUUACCCUUUAACAUUGAGACAUCUGUGGUCAUUUCCCUACACCUCCCUCCCUGUGAUGCUCUUGUUCCAAAUCACUCGCCCUCCGUGCUGGAUUCCAGGGAGAUGGACACUCCACGAUCACCACUGGGUCUGGUCCAUUGAGAUCCACUGGCACUCUUCUCUUUCCCCACUGCUGCCUGUGGGUUGAGUGCCUGAGACAGAGCCCUGGCUGCAAUCUGUGCCACUGUGAAUCCUCUCUCAGUCAGUGCUGAGUUGUGCUGUUUGUUCAGAAUCUCUUGUCUGCAAUUGGAGAAAGUUGUCCACACUUACACUCCUUCCCGUUCAAUGUGUACAGUGUUAAAAAGCCCUGUGAUUUAUGGGAUUGUGUGCACCAUACCAAGAGUCCGCAGUGCAUUCACAGUGAUGUCCAGUGUUGAUGCUCUGUGGACGGGGUCACCCUGUGCAAACCGUCCAGCUGACAGUGCAAUGUGUGUGUCUGUGUGUGUCACUUCAAAUGGACAUGACCCUGUCAAGGCCCUCAUUGAAGCAGCUGUGAGAAACACAAUGUCCUUGCCUCCAUACCCACCCCGUGAAACAGUAACUAACACCAGUGCUAGAGUUGGGGCCCAGGUGCUCUGCUGUGAAAUACUUUUUACUGACCCUGCUUUCUGCUUCACUUUUAACCAAUUUAAAACUUCAUUUGCAAUUGCACAUGUUUAUCUAAAGAGACAAGAAAUGCAACCUCAAAUUUCGGCAGUUAGAUUCCUGUGCACUGCUGGGAGUUGUAUACAAACAGUUGUAUACCUGUUUUUGAAGAACCAUUGUCAUAGCGUAGAAUUGAUUUAUCAUGUUUUAGACAAGCAUUGGAUACAUUGUAUAUACUGCGAUUUCUGUAACUUUAAAGGGAAAUGUUCAUUUCACGUGAGUGUCCCGUUCAAUACAUCAGCCAACAAGAUGGAAUCCUUGUAAAAAGCUUGGUUCAUCAGCGGUUCACCCACAGGCAAGCUCUGGUAAACUGCAGAGGGCGUGCCCAAGCUGAGACCGGGGUGGAGUUGAUGGGAUGUAUGGGCUGAUACUUGGGCAGUGGUGACGGAACAGCUGGGCUGGUGUUUGGGCAGUGGUGAGGGAACAGCUGGGCUGGUGUUUGGGCAAUGGUAACAGCUGGGCUGGUGUUUGGGCAGUGGUGAGGGAACAGCUGGGCUGGUGUUUGGGCAGUGGUAACAGCUGGGCUGGUGUUUGGGCAGUGGUGAGGGAACAGCCGGGCUGGUGUUUGGGCAGCGUUGACAGAGUGUCCGCACUGAGACUAGGGCAGAAUUGAGGGAGCACCCAGGCUGAUAUUGGGGCAGUGUUGAGGGAGUUCUUGGGCUGAGGUUUGGAAUGUGUGGAGAAAAUGGGCCGGUGUUGAGGCAGCUCCCUGACUGAGAUCGGGGCAAUGUUGAGGGAGCAUCCAGGCCGAUAUUUGGGCAUUGUUGAGGGAAUAUCGGCUGAGAGAGUCAACACUGAGAAGGUGUCUAGGCGAUGAUUGGGCAGUGUUGAGGUACAGCCCAGGCUAAAAUUGGAUUAGCUGCAUAUUUUAUUGUUUGGCAUCUGUCAGGUCAGACACCAGCAGAAUAACCAAGCUUUUACUGUACUUGGAACAUUAAUGGGAUACUGUGUAUUUUUAACUGCCAAAUAAAACCAUGGAUUUUUAA